CAGUUGGUGGCAGUAAUUGCGUCUGUACAUUUACAUCCGUCGUGAAGCAAAAUGAGGAAGAAGAGAUAAUCUUGGGACGUCGUGACUAUGACACACUUUCGAGGUCAGAUACGGGGCCCACACUGGGGCCCUACAAUGGACAAUAUGAUGAUAGAUUUCUGGCGCAAACAUGACUGCCUUUUUAAUUCCUCGGUCGAUUCUUACUAUGACAAGGAUUUGAAGACCAAGCUAUGGACCGAGUUCGCGUUGUCCAUCGGAAAGCCUGUAUCUGAUGUCGAGAGAAGAUCCAGAUCGCUCCGGACUCAGUACGGGAGGGUGCUGUGGCAUCCGGAGAGGGUCAGCACUUUCCAGCAAAAGAUGCUUAGAGAGAAACUUGAUUUCUUGAGGCCUUACAUAGUUCGCAGGCGAGGCGAUUCAUAUCUGGAGGACGAGAAGUUUGAUGAUCGGGAUGAGGAUGACGAAGAGUUGGAGACCGAAGGAAGCAUUGACCACGAGAUGGGAAGCUCAUUUGGUAGCCCACUGGAUGCUGAUGUGACCGGCCAAGAUCUGAAUGAUGAACCCAACCCGGCCUCCAGCCUGAACUCCGCUCGGCUGAACUUCCCAAACCCGCCGCCUCAAGUUACAGAUGUCAUGUCUCUCAGCUGUCCCCACCACCACAACGACGAGGGUUCUACUGAUCGGCCUGCCCAAAUAGCUGCACAAAACAUAUCCAAACACAACAUAUUAAACCAGUUUGCAGAGGUUAUGUUGGCCGACAUGCGUCAGAUUAAAGACCCUAUGGUGCUAAUGAGACUUCGCCGAGAUAUCACCGACCUGGUGUUCAAAGCGGUGGAGGAGGACGUGCAGAGACAAUGCAAUCGAGUCCCGCCCAUGUCUAAACCAGGGGAGAGAGUGCAGUUCCACAGCUGUUCCACGGCCCAACAGGCAUCCUUACAAACAAACUACUCUUGGAGGCAGAGGUUUCUGAAGAGAAGGAACAAGGGGUUUGAAAUUGAAAGGAGGAUACAGAGAUGGGAGGAGAUGAAACACGUGAGGCGAAUGUCCGGGAGUCAGUUAGUGCAGCCCGGCAUCCAGCAAGGCCCAGUGCUGGAGGGGAUGGGUGAAAACAGCUCUCCAGUUAUUCAAGCUUCUGAGAUCAAAAGAGAGACAGAGCCUGGGAACAUGGUUAAGAUUGAAGAGGAGACACUUUUAUCUGCCCGACAUUUUUGAUACAGGGUUGCCACUGUUUUCCCUGAUUACAGACAUCUCAGUCAGUAAAUGUAAGUUAGAACACUUCUUAAGACUUGGAACACUUAAAUCAGUCAUUCAACAGUAAAUGAUAACAGUAGCAAACAGAUACUGACAAGCAUUGGUCUUAUAAAUUAUUCACCAGACAGAAGUCCUGACAGUUGUAACAUAUUAGCACUUAGUAGAACUAUGCAGAUAAUUUCUUAGGAGACUUAGGACACUACAAUACCUAGGACAGCAUAUAACAGAAAUCAAAGCAGAGAGACUUUUCUGCCUUUUCAAACACAAGAUGUCUAGUUUCUAAUGGAUUACACCUUUCAAAACAAUUCAGACUAAUUGAUAAUUAGUCUGUAGUAUUUAACGUUGUUUUUUAACAUGGGAGUAAGUUUUCAGCCCGGAAAAGUGUUACGGAUCAUUCUGAGCUGUAAACACAAGGCAGUGGAUGCUGUGUGACCCAACUCAAAUAGAAGAGCUUGAUGAAUUUUUUUGAUAGGGAGGGAGGGGGGUUCCUUGGCACUCUGCCAGGGGUUCUGUGAUUUUUUAUUUUAUUUUUUAGAUUCAUUCAAGUCAUGAUUAUUUUUUUUUUUUACAAAAAGCUUCAUAGUUCAACAAAAAAUAUUAAAAUGUUUAAAUCUAAAUGGAUGACUUUCUGAUCUUACAAAUCUAUAACUCUCAGAAUCCGCAAAUAUAUUUAAUACAUGUCCAACAGCGUUCUAUUUCAUUUUUCUUGUGUUGUUCUUUCACAUAAUAUAAUAUUGUAAAUACAUGAGGGGGUCCCUGGUCUCUAUCUUGUAAGGAGUCCUUGGCUGAAUAAAAAUUGACAACCUCUGCUGUA